AUGGCACGAUUUGCCGCACCCAAUAUCAUGGUGGGCAAUACGAUGCUCAUCAAACAUGCUUCGAUCGUGCCACAGUGUGCCAUCGCUAUUGAACAUUUAUUUUUGGAAGCUGGUGCGCCGAAUGGAUUGUACACCAAUUUACUUAUCUCUGGAGAAAGGGCAUCGGCGUUGGUGUCAGAUCACAGAAUAAAAGGCGUGUCGCUCACAGGAAGUGAGGCUGCUGGCGCUAGUAUUGCCAUAGUAGCUGGUAAACAUUUGAAAAAAUCAGUGUUGGAGUUGGGUGGUAGUGAUGCGUUUAUCGUAUUGGAAGAUGCGGAUAUCGACAAGGCUGUGGAAUGGGCUGUGGUUAAAAAUGAACAGGCAGCUAUUGAUUUGGCCAAUGAUUCUCCAUUUGGAUUGGGUGGUUCGGUGUUUACACAAGACAUUGAAAGGGGCAAAAGGGUAGCAGACCAAAUAGAUACA